AUGUGGUUCAUUCGAAAAAAUUGUCCAUCAAAUGUAUCUGUUAUAAUAUUCUUAAUAUUAUUUACUAUUAGUUUAUACAUAACAUUUUAUAGAAAGAUAUUUCCUGCAACACCCCAUGCUAAAUUAAAUCAAAUACCAUAUGUUAAAUUACUUGAAAAACCAGAGAUUCAUUUACGUGAAAAACCACCUGUUACACUACCUAAAGUUUCAACAGAAAUUAACAAUUCUUCAAUUGAAUAUCUGGAUAGUCGAUUAGAUUUAACAUCAAAUACAGCGAUAUGUCAAAAAACUGAUUAUUUAAUUAUUUAUAUUUUAUCGACAAUAACUAAUAUUCAACGACGAGAUGUUAUACGUUCAACAUGGGCAUCAAAACAGAGUGGUGUCUGUUUUGUAUUUAUUCUCGGACAAGUUCCAGGUAGAAUAAAUAAUGCUGGUGAAAUUAAUAUUAAAGUUAAUAAUGAAAAAAAGUCAUAUCAAGAUAUUGUUCAAAUAGAUCAUAUUGAAAGUUAUGCAAAUGUUAUUUAUAAAGAAAUGGCUGCUUUACAAUGGUCAUAUCAUUUUUAUCCUGAUAUUCCAUAUUUAUUUAAAACAGAUGAUGAUCUUAUUGUUGAUACAAUUUUAGUAUCAUCUAUUGGUAAAUUACUUUUAACAAAUGCUUCAAAUGAUAAUUCUUUUUUAUUAAAAUAUCGUCCAACACUUAUACCAAACAUAAUAUUAUCUAAUCGAACAACAUUUUUUCGUGGUGGUUGGGCUAUGGAUUAUCAACCAACGCUACGUGGUGGUGGAAAAUUUGGUGUUAGUGAAAAAGUUUGGCCACAUCCUGUACUUCCAGCAUAUUGUUCUGGAUUUGGUUGGUUUAUGUCAAAAUAUAUUCGUGAUCAACUGGUAAAUGUAUCAUAUACAUAUCCAGUACAUAAAACAGCAUGGAUAGGUGAUGUAUUUAUAUCAGGAUUUUUAGCUAAAGCAGCAAAUGUAAAAUGUACAGGUAUUGCAAUUGAUUUUGAUCAAACAGCAUCAGCUAAUUGUUCAUGUUUAAUGGUUAAUAAUCCAAUGUUAACUGUAUGUUCAUCAUCGUUUCAUAUUGGUGGUGGUGGUACAGAAAUGCAAAGACAUAUGGAAUAUCGAAAAGCUUGGAAUGUUAUUCAAUUGCGUCAUAAUUUUACUGAUAACAUAAUUAAUGUUUGUUAA